GCUCUGUUCUUUGGUGGAGGCGGUGGUUGUGGCUGUCCGUGUACACCCGCGCCAUGUGCUCCUGCUCCACAGCCGCUCUGCCCUCCUCCACCUGUGUGCGGUCCAUCUUUUCCAUCGUAUCCAAGCUACCAAUCGGCUCCACAAUACUACCCUCAACAGGGUCCUGCCUACAUCCCUCAAGCACCUCAAGGAUAUGCCGUACCGUAUAAAAAGCGAUUCGCGUAUGGAGUGCGAACUGGUGAGCCAUCCAGAGAAGACCUAAUGCUUGCUGAGACCCAAGGACUACGACGACGUGUUCGCCGAGACACUGAAGCGGCCUUCGACCCAAAGUGCAACUCGGAACUUCUCAAAGAAAUCAUUUUAGAGAAUAUGGACGCUACGACGGCAGUGGCAAAGCGUCAAAUCCAAGAAGCGGCUACCAAUAAGUUGGGUGGAAGAAUUGACGUCGUCUGCUCUACGGGAACGUUCUCUUACAUAGUUAACACGGAGCUGUACUGUGAAACUGAGAAAGACGGCACCACCUGCUUUGCAUUCCGACAGUCAGCUUAG